AAGCCUAGCUGAAGCUCUCUAUCUUUUCCCCACUAACAGACACCCGAUCAUCCGUCGUUCUCGAUCGGAUUGAAGCGACCGCGAGCCUCGGCGACGGUCUUCGGGACUCGGCGACGAGCUCUUCGUCAUGGGAUCGCUGAAGAGCGAGGAGGAGUUGGAGCAGAUGGAAGAGGAUGCCUCGAAGGAGGCGAUCCUGUACGUGAACGGGUCGCGGAAGGUCUUGCCUGACGGACUGGCGCACGUGACGCUUCUCGAGUAUCUUCGAGGCAUAGGUCUGACGGGGACGAAGCUCGGCUGUGGCGAAGGUGGUUGCGGGGCAUGCACAGUGAUGGUGUCUCAUUAUAAUAAAAGUCUGAGCAAAUGUAGCCACUAUGCCAUCAAUGCGUGCUUGGCUCCACUAUAUUCUGUUGAAGGAAUGCAUGUGAUCACAGUGGAGGGACUUGGAAAUCGAGUGCAUGGCCUGCACCCAGUUCAAGAAUCACUUGCACGUGCUCAUGGUUCACAGUGUGGAUUUUGCACGCCUGGAUUUAUCAUGUCGAUGUAUGCCCUACUGAGGUCAAGUGAAAGCUCACCCUCUGAGGAAAAGAUUGACGAAUGCCUUUCGGGAAAUUUGUGUCGAUGUACAGGUUACAGACCAAUUCUUGAUGCUUUUCAUGUGUUCGCUAAAACAGAUGAUAGCUUAUAUGGUCCUCAGCCGUCUUCAUCGUCUGUUGGAGAAAGCAAUUUUGUCUGCCCUUCAACUGGUAAACCUUGUUCGUGCCGAUCAGGAAGUCUAGUUGACUCAGAAACAACCAGAGAAUCUAUAUGUUGUGGGCAAAAAUAUGAAGCGAUCUCCUACAGUAAGGUUGACGGUAAACUGUUCACAGACAAGGAGUUUAUAUUUCCCCCUGAGUUGUUAUUGAGGAAGAUGUCUUAUUUGAGUUUGAGUGGCUUUAGUGGUCUCAAGUGGUACAGACCCUUGCGACUUAAACAGGUGUUAGAGCUAAAAUCAAGAUAUCCAGAUGCCAAAUUGCUAGUUGGCAAUACUGAGGUUGGAAUCGAGAUGAGGCUCAAGAGAAUGCAUUAUCCAGUUUUGAUAUCUACUAUGCAUGUCCCUGAAUUAAAUGUGCUGAAUGUGAAGGAUGAUGGAGUGGAGAUUGGUGCUGCAGUAAGAUUGUCUGAUCUUUUGACUGUUUUCAGAAAGGUUGUGACAGAACGAGCUUAUCACGAAACCUCGACAUGUAAAGCUUUCAUUGAACAGCUCAAAUGGUUUGCUGGGACACAGAUAAAAAAUGUUGCUUCAGUUGGUGGAAACAUAUGUACUGCUAGUCCAAUAUCAGACUUGAACCCUCUUUGGAUGGCCUCUAGAGCGAAAUUUCGAGUUAUUGAUAGCAAAGGAAACCUUAGAAUUGUUUCAGCUGAGAAUUUCUUUCUAGGUUAUCGGAAGGUGGACCUUGCAAGUGGAGAGAUUCUGCUCUCAGUGUUCUUGCCAUGGAGCAGAAAGUUGGAGUAUGUAAAAGAGUUUAAGCAAGCUCACAGGAGGGAUGAUGAUAUUGCUAUCGUAAAUGCUGGGAUGCGUGUUUUUCUCGAGAAAAAAGAUGGCGAUCUGGUUGUUGCAGAUGCGUCAAUUGUUUACGGUGGAGUAGCUCCUCUGUCUGUUGCUGCAAGGCAAACGAAGGAGUUCUUGAUUGGGAAGACUUGGAAUCAGGAGCUUUUGCAAGGAGCUUUGAAAGUUUUGAGGAGUGACAUAAUCAUCAAGGAAGAUGCUCCUGGUGGGAUGGUUGAGUUUCGAAGGUCUCUAACACUUAGUUUCUUUUUCAAGUUUUUCCUUUGGGUUUCUCAUGAGAUGGAUGGGAUGGAUGGGAUGAGAUCCAUCAAGGAAGAGAUACCAUUGUCACAGUUAUCGGCCAUAAAACCACUCCAAAGACCAUCUGUCAUUGGAUGUCAGGAUUACGAAAUUGUAAAGCGUGGGAUUGCUGUGGGAUCUCCUGAAGUCCACCUUUCCUCAAGGCUUCAGGUUACAGGUGAGGCAGAAUAUGCCGAUGAUACACCCUUGCCACCUAAUGGUCUGAAUGCUGCGUUAGUGUUAAGCAGAAAACCUCAUGCCCGUAUAAUUUCAAUAGAUGCUUCAGGAGUGAAAUCUUCUCCUGGAUUUGCUGGCAUAUUUCUUGCAAACGAUAUCCCAGGAAAAAAUAAGGUCGGCCCUGUUAUUUAUGAUGAGGAGGUAUUUGCUUCAGAAUUCGUCUCUUGUGUUGGCCAGGCUAUUGGGAUAGUGGUUGCCGAUACACAAGAGAAUGCAAAACUAGCGGCGAGAAAGGUUCAUGUUGAGUAUGAAGAACUUCCAGCUGUCUUAUCAAUAGAGGAUGCCAUCAAAGCUAAGAGUUUUCAUCCCAACACAGAGAAGUUUUUGGGAAAAGGUGACGUGGAUCUCUGCUUUCAAUCAGGUGAAUGUUACAAAGUCAUACAGGGGGAGGUUCAAGUGGGAGGUCAGGAACAUUUUUACUUGGAGCCGCACAGCACAGUGAUAUGGACAGUGGAUGGUGGAAAUGAAGUUCAUAUGGUUUCCUCCACUCAAGCCCCUCAGAAGCACCAGAAGUAUGUCUGUGAUGUGCUUGGUCUGCCAAUGUCAAAAGUCGUCUGUAGAACCAAGAGAAUUGGUGGUGGAUUUGGAGGAAAAGAAACAAGGUCGGCGAACCUUGCUGCUGCAGCUUCUGUCCCAUCAUAUCUCUUGAAUAGACCAGUGAAAAUUACAUUAGAUAGGGACAUAGACAUGAUGACAACUGGGCAGCGCCAUAGCUUUCUCGGAAAGUAUAAGGUGGGGUUCACAAAGGAGGGAAAGGUGCUGGCACUGGAUCUCGAAAUAUAUAAUAAUGCUGGGAAUUCUCUCGAUUUGUCUCUCUCUAUCCUAGAGCGUGCCAUGUUUCACUCCGAUAAUGUGUAUGAGAUACCAAAUAUAAGGAUUAAUGGAGCAGUUUGCUUCACUAAUUUUCCUAGUAACACAGCAUUUCGAGGUUUCGGGGGUCCACAGGGUAUGCUUAUAGCCGAAAACUGGAUCCAGAGGAUAGCUGUAGAGCUUAAGAAGAGCCCAGAAGAGAUAAGGGAGAUGAAUUUUCAAGGUGAAGGGUCAUUAUUGCACUAUGGACAUCAACUUCAGCACUGUACACUGGACCAGCUCUGGAAUGCACUGAAAGGGUCUUGCAACUUUUUGAAUGCUCGCAAAGAAGCUGAUCAAUUCAAUCUUCAAAAUCGAUGGAAGAAACGUGGAGUUGCCAUGGUUCCAACAAAAUUUGGCAUAUCCUUCACAACAAAACUUUUGAAUCAGGCAGGUGCUCUUGUUCAUGUUUAUACAGAUGGGACUGUUUUAGUUACCCAUGGAGGUGUGGAGAUGGGUCAAGGUUUGCAUACAAAAGUUGCCCAAGUUGCCGCUUCUUCCUUCAACAUCCCUCUCAGUUCCGUGUUCAUAUCAGAUACCAGUACUGACAAGGUUCCCAAUGCAUCACCAACAGCUGCGUCUGCAAGUUCUGAUAUGUAUGGAGCUGCAGUUUUGGAUGCUUGUGAGCAGAUAAAGGCUCGCAUGGAGCCAAUUGCUUCACAGAAGAAUUUCAGUUCUUUUGCUGAGCUAGCCCGUGCAUGCUAUGCAGAGAGGAUAGAUCUUUCUGCUCAUGGAUUUCACAUUGUACCUGAGAUAGGAUUUGACUGGAAGAUGGGAAAGGGAAAUCCUUUUCGUUACUUCACUUAUGGUGGUGCAUAUGCCGAGGUAGAACUUGACACUUUGACUGGAGAUUUUCACACGACAGCUGCAAAUGUCUUCUUAGAUCUCGGAUAUUCUAUCAACCCGGCUAUUGAUGUUGGACAGAUUGAAGGAGCAUUUGUACAAGGUCUGGGUUGGGUAGCACUAGAAGAACUAAAGUGGGGUGACGCCGCUCAUAAGUGGAUCCCACCUGGAUGCUUAUACACAUGCGGACCUGGAAGCUAUAAGAUUCCUUCUGUAAAUGAUGUACCUCUGAAAUUCAGCGUCUCGCUUCUGAAGGGUCAUCCCAACGUAAAGGCCAUCCAUUCAUCCAAGGCCGUUGGCGAGCCUCCAUUUUUCCUAGCUUCAUCCGUCUUCUUUGCCAUCAAAGAUGCCAUCAUUGCUGCGAGGGCCGAUGCCGGGUUCACGGACUGGUUUCCUCUCGAUAACCCAGCAACGCCUGAACGUAUCCGAAUGGCAUGCUUGGAUGAAUUCACGGCACCAUUCAUCGGCUCCAAUUUCCGUCCCAAGCUUAGUGUCUGAUCAUGCUGGUAGGCCUUUUAUGUCUCACCGUGCACAUGGACACAAAAGCACAUUCGUAAGUCCCCUGUACAUCAAGUUAUAACUAUCUGUCGACCGAGCUCAAAAAUGUAUAUCUGUAUAAAAGGAUGGGCUUUGAUCUGAAUAAGAAUUACAAGUGACAAUCAACCAAAAUUAAAAUUUCUCAGUUCCGCCUAUUAACUUAAAAUAUUUAGUUU